AUCAAAUAACUCGUUUACGCACAUACACGCACGCUCUUGCUCGCCUUUUCUCUCUGCCUGUCUCUCUCUCUCUCUCUCUGUCUGUCUCUCUCUCUCUCUCAUACACACAAACAUACGCAGACGGAUGAAAGCGUUAUUAAACAACAGCAGUCUUUCUACAAUCGGUCUCAUAAGUUCGCUGAAGGUGUACGACGAAGCGUCAUCGAAUUUUAAAACAAAAGAAGUUAGGCUCACCGACACAGGAUAUUUAAAACGAAAGGAUAAUAGAAGAUGCAUUUCGACGACGUAUUAAGAAAACUUGGGCAGUUCGGACGAUAUCAGAAGCUGCAGUUUCUUCUCAUCUGUUUCCCAGUAAUGAUAUCAUCAUGGGUUCUCUUCAGUAUGGUUUUCGUGAUCACCGAUCAGCAAUUCUACUGCAAUGUCCCACCAUCCAACGACACGUUUUCAUUAAAUCGUAACAUAAGCCACAGAUCUUACGCCCGGAUGGUCACUAAGACAAGUAAUAAAUGCAGCCAAUACCUGCCGUCCGAUGUGGACCAAUAUCUCAAGGACCACGACUACAAUAUAUCCGACAAAAUGUUAGCCAACGCAAAUCUCAGUACUAUCGAUUGCAGCUAUGGGUACAUCUAUGAAGAUCCAAAUCCACGAGAUACAGUAAUUACAGAGUUCAAUUUGGUUUGUGAUAAACGGAAGUUUGUCAGUAAUAUUAAAGCAGUCUUUUUGGGUGGCCGGAUCUUUGGUUGUGGUCUCUUUGGCCAGCUUUCUGACAGAUUUGGACGUAGAUUUGGAUUUUUCAUGUCCCUCUUCUGUGUUCUGGUCACCGGUUGCUUAGUGUCCUUAUCAAACAAUGUAUGGAUGUUCAUUGUAUUAUAUUUCCUCCAAGGUGUCUCUCAAGCUGGCAUCUAUGCCUGUGGAUUCAUCAUAGUAAUGGAAAUUAUCGGACCGAAGUACCGUAUGAUGUUUGGUUUCAUUCUUCACUGUGUGUUCAGCGUUGCAGCCAUACUUUUAGCUGCUCUCAGCUAUUUUGUACGCGACUGGCACCAUCUGGUUUUGAUCAUCAGUUUGAUCUGCCUCCUCUUCGUACCCUAUUGGUGGUUUCUUCCUGAAUCUGUCCGUUGGUUGAUGACCAGAAAAAAAUUCCUCCAGGUUAACCGAAUCAUGAAGCGGAUUGCUAAAUUAAACAAAUGUACCCUUCCAGAAGAGUUCAUGACGAAAAUAAAGGAAUCUGAUGUUGGAAGCACCAAAACAUAUACCAUUGUUCAUCUCAUAAAUACAUGGACCAUGUGCAAGACUUCACUGAAUAUUUGGUUUGCUUGGCUUGUCAAUGGCUUGCUCUAUUAUGGAUUGUCAAUAAACUCUGUGAAUUUUGCUGGCAAUACUUACUUGAACUUCAGUUUGUCUGCUCUUGUGGAAAUACCAGCUUAUCUCUUGUGCAUUCCCAUGUUAUCAAAACUGGGAAGGAAGAGAAUUCUGUGUUUCUUCAUGUUCCUCGGUGGCAUCACAUGCAUAGCCAGCAGUCUUAUGCCUCCAUAUCUUCAUUGGUUGAAGCAAACUCUGGCAACUGUAGGAAAGUUUGGUUCCACAGCAGCUUUUGGUAUUGUGUAUAUUUACAGCGCCGAAUUAUUCCCAACUACUGUAAGAAACAUUGCACUUGGAACAGCAAGUAUAUUUGCCAGUAUUGGUGGAGCAAUUUCUCCUUAUAUUCUGGAAUUUCCAGGACCUUGGCCUUUGAUUGUUCUUGGUCUUGUGUCAAUAUUAUCAGGAGCUUUGAGUCUUUUACUUUAUGAGACCAAAGGCAAAGCAAUGCCUGAUACCAUAAACGAAAGUACAAAAUAUAUAAGAUCUGAACCUUGUAAAGAGGAAGGUGUUAAAAUGAUAUCCAAGAAAAAUGAGAAACCCAAUUCUUCUUCAGAUGAACAAGCCGACAUGACUUAAAUUAUUUCUAACAUUUAAAUUUUUAUACUUAGUAUUUUAAUAAAUUGUUUUCCCAUUUUGUUAGAAAUCUU